AUGCACAGAACUUAUUCUUUGAGAAACUCAAGAGCACCAACCGCUGCUCAAAUACAAAACCCUCCUCCACCUCCUUCUUCCACUAAAUCAAGAUUCUUUGGUAAAGGUGGUAUCGCCUACUCCUUCAGAAAAAACACCGCCGGUGCUUUUGGCCCUGAAUUAUCAAGAAAAUUGUCUCAAUUGGUCAAAAUUGAAAAGAACGUCUUGAGAUCAAUGGAAAUCGUCGCUAAUGAAAGAAGAGACGCCGCAACCCAACUAUCCGUCUGGGGUCUAGAAAACGACGACGACGUCUCAGACAUCACCGACAAAUUGGGUGUCUUGAUCUACGAAGUCAGUGAAUUGGAUGACCAAUUCAUCGACAGAUACGAUCAAUACAGAUUGACCUUGAAGUCAAUCAGAGACAUCGAAGGCUCAGUACAACCUUCAAGAGAAAGAAAAGCUAAGUUGACAGAUAAAAUCGCGUACUUGAAAUACAAGGAUCCACAAUCACCAAAAAUUGAAAUCUUGGAACAAGAAUUAGUCCGUGCCGAAGCAGAAUCUUUGGUCGCUGAAGCUCAAUUAUCAAACAUCACUAGAUCAAAAUUAAGAGCUGCUUUUAACUACCAAUUCGACUCAAUCAUUGAACAUUCUGAAAAAAUCGCCUUGAUCGCAGGUUACGGGAAGGCUUUACUAGAAUUAUUAGAUGACUCCCCUGUUACUCCUGGUGAAACAAGACCUGCUUACGACGGUUACGAAGCUUCUAAACAAAUCAUCAUCGAUGCUGAAUCAGCCUUGAAUGAAUGGACUUUGGACUCCGCUCAAGUUAAACCAACUCUAUCCUUCAAGCACGAAGAAGAUAUUGUCUACGAUGACUACGAAGAUGAUGAAGACCACGUUCUAGAUGAUGAUGAAGAAGAACACCAUCAUGAAGAUGAAAACAACUGGGUUGAAGAUGAAGAAGAAAUCGAAGAAGAACAACAAGAAGAUGAACCUCAAGUAUCUCACGAAGAAGCUAAUUCUGUAACAGCCUAA